CAAACACGUCUUUCUUCUUCUUUCCCUUCUUAUUCCUUCCCAACAUGGCUAAUCGUCCCAGGGGCCUAUUUUCCCAGCUCCAUCAAAUCAGAUCCUCGGUCCCCGGACUAACCCUUCGACAAUGUCAGCUUUCCAUCUCACCACCGCACAGAGGUAUAGCAACACGCAUGGAACCCAGCAAAGUCAGGUACGAGUUUAUGGAGGAAGUGGAGCGCAUAGACUUCUAUGUUCCAGGGGGUUAUCAUCCCAUUCAACUGGGCGAUGAGCUCAAUGCCGGUCGAUAUGUCAUCGCCCACAAACUCGGGUUUGGUCGCUCCGCGACGACCUGGUUGGCAGAAGAUCGAAUUCAAAAACGGCUGGUAGCCCUCAAGGUUUCUACCGCUGAAUCGGCCGAGCGAACGCACGAACUCUCCACUCUUUCGCGGCUAGCUCAGGCUGAGUACGAGUUUCCUGGAAAGCGCAUUGUGCAGAAACUACUCGAUUCUUUCACAUUCUCGGGGCCCAAUGGUACUCAUCGCUGCUUGGUUACGGAUGUCGCUAGGGUUAAUCUCCACGAGGCGAAGGACGCGGCGUAUCAUCAGCUCGUUCGUCUUCCUGCUGCUCGGUCAAUUGCUGCGCAGGUAAUUCUCGAUCUUCAUCUUGCGAAUAUUCUUCUCCGUUUGCCGCUCGACAUGCAAGACAUGACUUUCGAGCAACUGCGGACGCGAGCAGGCGAGCCCGAGAAGCAGCAAGUCAUCCGCCAAGACGGUGCUCCUCUUGACCCUGGAGUGCCAUCAGAACUGAUCAUCCCCGCAUGGCUCGGCCUUGGUGGCGAUGAAAUAACCCUGGCGGACUCCAAAAUCCGGAUUGCAGAUUUUGGAGAAUUAUUCUAUCCCUGUGAAACAGAUAGGUUCACAGCCCACACGCCGCUCUUACUUGCACCACCGGAUUUCGCUUCGCUGAGCCCGGAGGAUCGGAUCAGCCUCUUUCUUGCCCCGGAGACAUUUGAACACUGGCGUGCACGAUCUGGGAUAUCUUUGGGGAUAAUCUGCCGUUUGAGGCGUUCCCUGUCACGUUGGAUGAGGUGACGAUUGAACAUGUUGAGAUGCUGGGAAGGCUUCCUGAGCGGUGGUGGAGUAGGUGGGAGGAAAGAGGCAAUUGGUUUGAUGAGCAUGGAUGUAAGAAUGUGAAAGAAAGCCUGCUUCAGUUCUAUAGUAAUGAUGUCAGAGAUUGGGAUCAGCGAUUCAAGGGGUAUAUUGAGGAGCCACAAGGAACGCAAGAAAUUUUGACACCUUCUCACCGGAGGAGAGAGGGGCAUUCCAGAAGAUGAUGAGGUCGAUGCUGGUACUUGAACCGGGCGAAAG